AAUCUUAUAAAUUUGUAUGGAAAUGUAAAAAUUUUAUUAUUUUCUUGUUUGGACAUCAACAUGAAACAACAAAUUUUGCUUUUGCUCGCCUUUUUAGCGUGCAGUGUUUUUGCCCAAAAUCCAGAACGUUUGUUUAAAUCAUCGAAAAAUAAUGAAUUUUUUAUAAUGCCGGCAAAAAAAUACACUUGGCAAGAGGCUUUGAAAGAGUGCGAGAGUCGUGAUAUGGAUUUAUUGACCAUAGAAACUGAGGAUAAAGCUAAAGAGAUUAAGGAACUGUUGCAAAAAGUCUUUUCAGGCAAACCAAUACCACGUUUUUAUGUGGGCGCUAAUGAUCUGGAAAAUUAUCGUGAAUUUAUGUGGAUUUCCUCUACUGUAAGUGGUCCCUUUACCUAUACCAACUGGGAGCAGAGUGAACCGAAUAAUUAUCAAAAUCAAAAUGAACGUUGUGUUAAUAUUGGUUUUCAUGGUAACGAUCAGUGGAAUGAUGUUAAUUGUGAUCGCAAAUAUGGUUUCAUUUGCCAGGAAAGAUGGGAAACGGGAAGUUUGAUUUUUUCUUUAGUUUUACGCGUACCAUACAACAUGAAACAACCUAUAAAUCUAGUGCUAAUCGUAAUUUUAGCAUAUUUUUGCUCUUCAGCAUAUAGUGCUGCUGCUGCAAAAUUACUCUUUAAAUCGGAUGAAAAAAAUGAGUAUUAUAUACAACCGGCUCAAAAGUUUACUUGGGCCCAAGCUUUACAAGAAUGUGAUAAGCAGACAAUGGAUCUAUUAACCAUAGAAGAUGCUAAAAAAGCUUUAGAGAUUGAGAAUUUGUUAAAGAAAGUAUUUUCAAAAAAACCCAUACCCCGUUUCUAUUUGGGUGCCCAUGAUCAAGAAGAAUUUCGUGCAUUUAAUUGGAUUACGAAAGAUGCCACAAAACCCUUUACCUAUACAAAUUGGGAAUCAACAGAACCGAAUAAUUAUAAAAAAUUAAAUGAACGUUGUGUUCAUUUGGGUUUUCAUGGUUCACUACAAUGGAAUGAUAUUAAUUGUGAACGUAAAUAUGGUUUUAUAUGUCAGGAGAGAACAGAUUUUGAGAGUUUAUUAGAGGUUAUUGAAAGGGCUUAAAU